AUGGAGUUCGCGUUGUUAUUUGUUGCAUUAGCGCUGUUUUGGAAACCUUCUUCGGGACUUCAUUGUUUCAAAUGCGCUCCCGAGGAGACCUACUCCGGUGAUCAACAGUGCAGCCAUUUCGACGGUAGCGACAAAUUCCUUGUACUAUGUGAACAUUCAACCAUGUGUUUCAAGAGACAGACCACCUUAAGACUGGCUAAUGGUAUGAGUUCGAUGAGUGUGGAGAGGGGAUGCGCUUCUCAACGUUUGUCGGGGGACCAAGCAAGAAUAAAUGGUAGGUGGCAAUUAGUGGAUACGAUAUACGAAGUGUACGAGGAGGCUUGCAAGGAAGCACCCACGGACUCCGACGGACCUACGCAAACAUUGCACUGUUUCUGCCGUGGCAAUCUAUGUAAUAACUCCAGAUAUAAUAUAGCCAGUUAUACUUUAAUCGUUAUCGCCCUGUUCGUGUAUUAUCUUAGAUAG